AUGUCUUCACGCUGGUAUCCUAUAUAUCAAAGGGGAAAUCCUCAAUUACGAGUAUUUUUACCAAAUUUUUGGAUGAAAAUGGUGCGACCUCACCCAAAACAGCUACCCAAUAUUGUACAUUUUGAAUGUUCAAUGGAGAUGACAAAGUAUGAUAUAAAAAAUUACUUAGAAAAAAUCUACAACAUUCCUGUUGUUGAUGUAAGAACUAAAAUAACAUUAGGAAGGUUCCGCAAAGAUUAUGGCAAGGGAUAUGUUGUAAAAGAUGAUGAUGUUAAAUGUGCAUACAUUGUUUUGCCCAAGGAUAUGACAUUCAAAUUCCCCGAAAUCUUUGAUUGUAAAAAAAAUGAUGAAGAGGAAAAUAUGAAAUCAUUAGAUGAAGCUAAGAAAAGCUUUAGUGAAUACUUAGAAAAAAAUAAAGACAGAACUGAUGUUCCAAGUUGGUUUUCUAUUUAG